GAAAAAUUUAGAUCUGUAAUCAUUGAUAAUUCUAUCGAGGAGCUAAGCUCAUGUUCUAAUACACAAAAUAUAGAAUUAAUUAAAAGAAAUACUAAUGAAAUAGAAUUAAAGUUAACUCAAUAUAAAAAAACUUUUGAUUCCGCACUAAUGUUGUAUAAAAGAGAAAAGAAUAAUGUUCAUUUUGUAAAAAACUUCGAUAAUCUUUUGAAACCAGUCGUCAAAGCUAUCGAAGAAU